CUGGGUAACAUUUUCUGUCUGGUGGCCGCUUGCGUGUUGCAUCCUGGGCGCAAUGUGUGCUCAGGGCUUCGGACCGCGCCCAUCGGUUCGGGCCUGCUGGCGGCGGGCCGACCGCCAGGCCCAUGGAUGGCUGCGCAGCCCAGGGCUUCAGAGGCGCUGGCGCCGUGGGCCCCCUGUCGCGUCUUGCAGCCGCUGCCGAAGCAGACGGAUGCUGCGCCGCGGAGGGGCUACUUGCGGCUCCCGUCGGAGCCGCAGUUGCGGGCGAUGCCCGUGGACGGCUUGGUCCAGCAUGCGCUCUCGUUGCAGGCCGCGCUUCGCGAAGAGCGCGUUGCCCGACGUGCUGCUGAGAAGCGUUCUGCAGCGGAGCUCGCGGUCUCCCUUUUCGUGUACGACAAGCGGAUAGACAUGCUAGUGCUCAACGCCUCGAACCUGGAGUUCCCCAUCCGGGUCAAGCCUGGGCAGGGCAUCGCAGGGCACGUGUUCAAGACCCACGAGACGGUGAACAUCCCAAACUGCUACGAGGAUUCGCGGUUCGACCAGACCUUCGAUAAGUCCACGGGCUACAGAACGAACAACCUGCUCACGAUGCGGAUCAUCGACUACGAAGGCGAGGGCAUGGGCGUGCUGCAGGCCAUUAACAAGCUGGACGGCACCCCCUUCACGCACGUGGACGAGAUCUUGCUAGAGAACCUCGCGGAGCUCCGCGAGCUCGCCGAGGCUGUCGACUCCGUGCCGACCUUCCCUAGUCAGGAGACUGCCCCGCGUGCCGCGGGCAAAGGGAAAGGUUCUCUCCGCUCUGGUGUUCGCAAGAGGCUUGCUGCUGAUGUUCCUGUCGACCCUGGUUAUGACGGACCUGCUGACAUGGACGACGAUGAUUUCACCUCCGACGAAUACCUCAGGCAGGUAUGCCGUGAGGAGUUCCAGCUCAUGCGUGGCACCAUCACCUCUGAGGUCAGUAGCAGCGUGUCCAAGACGGUCGGUGAGAACCAUACCACCUUCCUCACCAUGCUCUCCGCCAUGCAGGCUGAAGUCGCCAAGCAGGCCACCGCCGUCGAGCAGCAGGUGCAGUCUGCGCUGGCCCCGCGGCUCGAUGCCGUCAGCCGUCGCCUCCAGACUCAGAUCGAUGAACACACGGCUCAGCUCUUCGCCGCCCAGACCAGGCUUGAUCGCCACGAUUCCGACAUCGAGUCCCUUCGGGAUCAGGUCGCCGAGCUCCGCAAGCAGCUCGCCCUUGCCGCUGCCGCCCCGCGUGACGAGCAACCCCCUCCGACGUCAUUCGAGCGCGCCGAGGUGCAGGCUCCACCUGGGUCCGACAAGUCCCCCAAGCGCAUCAAGCUGGAUAUCACCCACCGCAAGGUUCGGCAAGCGGUUGAACUCCAGUACCCAGGCAGGAGUCUCUUCUCCGACAAGGAGCGUGGAGUCCUCUCUCUCGGGUGGGACAAGUUCAUGCAGCUCCAGGUGGCUCAUGGGGACACGCCGCCCAAGCUCUUUUGGGACACCCCCGUUCUCAGCAAUCACGGCAUGGACGAGGAGGCUCUCCGCGCCGCCUGCCGCGACAUCACGCACCAGUCGAUUCCCACUCUGCGGUUGGCCACGCGGAACGCUAGAGCCCUGCUGCAGGCCGGGGGUGACAAGGCCCGCAUCAAGAAGGCUUACUUGAGCAGUAUCCGCCCAAGAAGCACUAUCAUCGCUCUCCAGGAGAUCCACCAGGAUCACCGCCAGCUCGUCUCGUUCAUUGCGGCCAUCGCGAAUGACAUCUCCGUCUACUCCAGUUUCGAUCAGGACCCUGUGACGGGUCAUACUUGCGGUGGCGUGGCUAUGUUGGUUUCUCCUCUUGCGGGCUCCAGCGGGGUGUUUCCGACUACAGCGCAGAGGGUGCUCAUUCCUGGGCGUGCGCGCGUAGUCACUAUCUCAUCGGCUUCUCACUCGGUUGACAUACUCAACAUCCUUAACCGCGAGCUCUCCCACGCCGACAUCCGCCAUGCUGUUGAGGCUAUUAAGGCCUCACGACUUCGUGCGCAGGAGGGCCCCGACAUGUACGCCACCUUCGUGCUGGGCGACUUCAAUUUUGCCGUGCACGACGCGCUGGCGCUUGCGCUCCCCGUCGCAGCCGUCCGUCGCGGUGACAGGCGGCACCAUGGACAGGAGCCUCGCUGGCGGGAGGCGCUCGCGCGCCUCGCCGAGGUCGCGUGCGAGGACCCCUCGCACUUUGAACAAUCACCAGGCUCGUGCUCAUCCAUCGAUCGCAUCUCCUGUUCGCUCUCGGGAUGGCAGAUGUGUCAAGUUCACUCGCAGGUCAGCACUAUUGGUACUCCCGAGGUCAUCUCCGCGGUGGUCAACCACGCCACCCGGCCUGCGCUGCAGGCCCUGGCGCCCCCGUGCCAGCGCGGACGUGUUCUUGGUCGGAAUUUCGGGGUCAACAUCCUCGAGCUAGACGUCUCGAGCAGGAACAUGUUUGUCACGCCCCAUGCCUCGCGCGACAUCCCUGUCCUGCUCUCCCUCGAUGUCGGCCAGGCCUUCCCCUCCCUCAACCAGGACUUCCCGAUGAGUUGCCUCGGCCUCCUGGGCCUCCCUGGCCCGCUCGCGCAGUUCGUCGCGUCCAUCUACUCAUCGAUCGAGGGGGUCGCGUUGCACAGGGGCCAUCUCGAGCGCGUCUUCUGGAUCCAGAGUGGCAUUAUCCAGGGGUGCCCCCUCUCUGGUACCCUGCGCGCCCUGGGCGCGUCUGCUUUCCUCGUGGACCUGGCUGAGAAGGCGGAUGGCCCCCAGCUGGGUCGUGUCCGAGCUUGUGCAGAUGAUAUUGGCGGCGCCCUGAGAUCCGCCCAGGCCCUCUCCAAGGCGCCGGCACGGGAGGUUCGGGGCGCCAUCGAGCGGGAUAUUCCUGAGUGGGUCGGUUUCGAGAUCACCUCGCGGCUGUUGUAUCUAGGCCUUUGGCCAGGCUCCGCUGCAUCCCCCGCUACCUCGUGGAUUGGGCCUUUGUCGAAGCUCCGUUUGAGGGCUCAAGCGAUCGGGCGCGGCACCACCCCCGCCAGUCACUCCGCCAUUCUCUACAACACGCGGGCGGUCACCACGUUAUCGUGCGUUGCUCAGUUCUGCUGGCCCCCGAAGUCCGUCCUCCUACCAGAGUUGUCGGUGCUCGCGCAGGUCUUCAGGCCCCCGCUCGGCGCGCUGCACUUCGACGCCGGGUCCCAGCUGGACCGCUCGGGCGGCCCCCGUUGCAUUCGCUGGGGGCACCUCGCGACUGCCACCAUCACGCGCGCCGCCACGCUCACCUUCCAGCGCUGGCCCCAGCUGCUGGCAGCGCUUCGUGCACAUGCUGACGAACACCCGGAUUGGGCCACUCUCGACAUGCUCGCCACGGGCCCCCCCUACCCCAACUUCUGGAAGGCGCCCGCGUUCGUCGAGAACCUCGAGGCCGCUGCCGCUGUCGGUACUGCGGCGGCGCCCGUGCUCGUGGGCUUGGGCGGCGAUCCGCCCGUGGACUGA